AUGUCCUCCACCAAGGAAGACAAGCGCAAAGCCGAAGACGAAAUCGAGCACGAUCCUAAGCGACUCAAGCCCUCAGUAUCGCCUCCACCAAGCGACGACACACCCACCAUCCGACACGAGCUCUUCCCCGAGAAGCCCGCCGUGACAGAAGAGCGCAACGGCGACAUCUCAUUCCGCGUGGUCAACAAUGACGGCCAGAACUCCUCCUUCAUCAUCCUCACAGGCCUGAAGUGCAUCUUCCAGAAGCAAUUACCCAAGAUGCCAAAGGACUACAUCGCGCGAUUGGUAUACGAUCGCACGCACUUGAGCAUCGCAAUCGUGAAGAAGCCUCCAGCAGGAAGCUUUGCCGAAAGCUCUGGUCUUCCCGGAGAAGUCGUUGGAGGCAUUACAUAUCGACCAUUCAAGGGUCGCCAGUUCGCGGAGAUUGUCUUCUGUGCUAUCAGCAGCGACCAGCAAGUCAAAGGAUACGGCGCACAUCUCAUGAGCCACCUCAAAGACUACGUCAAGGCCACGAGCGAUGUCAUGUACUUCCUCACCUACGCCGACAACUACGCUAUCGGGUACUUUAAGAAGCAAGGAUUCACAAAGGAGAUCACACUGGACAAACCGAAAUGGAUGGGCUACAUCAAGGAUUACGAGGGAGGAACAAUCAUGCAGUGUUCCAUGCUGCCGAAGAUUAGGUAUCUCGAAUCAGGUCGCAUGCUGCUGAAGCAAAAGGCCGCAGUUCACGCCAAAAUUCGUGCUGUCAGCAAAAGUUACGAGAUACACCAGCCGCCGUCAGAAUGGCGCAAAGUGAAACCUGGACAACCGCUGCCGGAGAUCGAUCCUCUGACCAUCGAUGCGAUCAAGGCUACAGGGUGGUCGCCAGACAUGGACGUUCUCGCACGGCAGCCUCGUCGUAAUCCUUCACACAGCUUACUCCUCGGUUUGCUGUCCGCACUCCAGACAAGUUCUUCUGCGUGGCCUUUCCUGCAGCCUGUUAACGGUGAAGAAGUGCACGACUAUUACGACGUGAUCAAAGAGCCCAUGGAUCUGAGUACGAUGGAGAGUAAGCUUGAGAAGGAUCAGUACGAGAAUGUGGAGGACUUUGUCAAGGACGUCCUCCUCCUGGUGCGCAACUGUAAGCGCUACAACGCUGAAACGACACCCUACGCAAAAGCUGCAAAUAAACUCGAAAAGGAAAUGUGGAAAAAGGUCCGCGAAGUGCCAGAGUGGAGUUAUCUGGAAGCCGACAAUUUCGAGACGACAAAUCGGCAGCCUGAGUAG